CCACCACUUUUGCACUGCCAUGUCUAGCUGACCUGCCAUCGAUGCCAUGCCGAUGCCCAAGCAGACUGCUGCCGAUCGCAGUAUGCUUGUCUACAUGCUUGAGGUUUGCGGCUGGCUCCCCAGUGAAGACGGUCUGCUCCAAAGGCUUCUACCAAGAGGAGGUAAUUGUUCUGGGUUGCGAAGGCGGCAAAGGUCGACAGUCCAUGAUCUUGAGUUCGCAAGCUGCGGCACAGGGACAAUUCUCAUGGGAAGUGGCCAAAGAUACGUUCGACCUCUCCAUUGAGGUCCUUUGCGAGCCCUUGAAGUCUCUUCAUGGCUCCGCCAAGUUGUCUGCCAAGUGUGUCGAGCCGCAGGGUGAGGUGAUCCUGGGCGAAUCCAAAGGUUUGCUGAACCAGUCAGCCGUAAACCUGAAGAAGUCCUCAGAUUGCCUUUCCCGGUCCAACGGUCCAGCGGUCCAGCCCAAGCGCAUGGUCAGCGCCCAUGGUGCACAAUGGUCAUGGAGUGGUGACGUGCCACGGAAACACAGUGGACCCUUCAGUUUGUGGCUACGGGUGCAGGGCCGACUGCACUGUGAUGUGGAGUUCCUGGUGCAGAACGAUCAGGACUCGAACCUUGCGGUGGAUGUCCGCUACAAAUGGUCUCAAAUCAAGCCCUGCCCCAAGCAGUUGAAAGGUUGCAGUCGUUGCCCGACAGACAAGUGUCAUGAGGAGGAUGUUGCCGUGUGCGAUGGCUCGCCUUAUUGGGAGUGCUUGCCAAAAGAGGCGGUGAUGCGGAAAAGCGAGCUGUCCACCGCUCCAGGUGAGCAUGAGCAAACGACAGGGCACAUGACAACAUCGACGCCUACAACAAUGACCACGACCACUCCGAAGCCUUUGUCUUUAGAUGACUUGAUGGAAGAUCCUCAAGUCCAAUCCCUUCUGCGUGAAAAGGAGAGUGUCAACAAACCAGACCUGCCUUCCGGCCCCUUGCCGACCUCGCAUCCAGCUGUCACAGUGACCGAUCGCCGUCAUUUCAGGCUCCCUAGCAGCAAGAACUUGGCGAUGUCCAUGUCGGACAUGCGUCAGAGUCACCAUUUGCCGUGGGCCGCUGGAAUUGUGCUUGCUCUGUGCAUCCUGCUGACCGUUGCCGUUUGCAUCUCACGUUCUGCGGAGACAUCGGAGCAGGAGUGGGGUAUUGAAGCGGUUAUGGCAUCCAAUGGUUUGUGCGAAAUCUGCACAGGUCAAAGGACCCCAUAUUCUCCCAUCGAUGGAGAUGCUCCAGAUCGUUGAUCAAAAAGCGGCGGGGACGAAGUCAGGAUUACCAUCCAGCCUAGUGGUUACUACCAAGCGGUACACCCUCCCAGCAGCAC